CUGUGCAGAUGUUUCGAGGGUGACAAAGAGAAGUGUGCACGGUACUGGCCUGAGGACUCGGUACAGACGUUUAAUUCGGAGACCUGUAGUGUGGAGGUAAAGAAGGAGGGCGAGGAGACCUUCGGCAAUGUGAUACGUCGUCAGUUGAAAAUCCAUCCCUCGAGUGAAACAUCGCCGUGGACUGUCACCCAGUUCCAUUUUAUGGGUUGGAGUGACUACGGCGUUCCCGAUAUGGAAUCGUUCUACAGCCUUAUCACCAUGCAAAACAACUUUUUGGCGACACACCACGUGGGCGACGAGUAUGGUCCGACUGUCGUGCAUUGCAGUGCUGGUGUGGGUCGCACGGGCACGUUUAUUGCAGCUCGUUUCCUCCUCGAUCGUCUACGAAAUAAUCCGCAGAAUGUGGACAUCGUUGGCACUGUUCUGGCGACGCGGAGAUGGCGUGCAGACUUGGUGUAUGUUUCGUCGCAACUACAAUUCCUGUACAGCGUCAUUAACUUUCAUCUCGAAAAGAAGGAUUUGGACCAAAAACCAUCUGCACCAAAGUGA